AAAACACAUCAUUUUGACAAUGAUCUUACAAAGUCUUGUGGAAGUCGUUUUUUUUCCAGAAUGAUCACAUGAAUAACACCUCUUUGACGGCGUAAGAUGGAUAGCCAUCAUUUGCGUGUUUGUUUUCUCCCCACACAGCCACAGAGACACUGCAGGGAACUCAGGGGAAUGGAAUGCCCUCAGGAGGUCAGUGAAGAUGCCAAUCAUCGCUCUGCUUGGCAUUGCAGUCAUCGGAUGGUCUACCUGUCAAUCAUCACACAUCCAGUGAUUACCUUCGGAAAGUUCUUCCAGUACCCCCAUUUGAGAACCACUGGACUACGGAGUCUGCACGGACUGCAAUGGCGGAGGCGCACAAAUUUUCAGGACUUAUGCAGAUCCCAAAUACAGAUCAGCAGGUACCCGAAGAUGAUGUCAUCGUCACGACACCUGAGCAGCAGCUGGCUGAGGCAGCUUCUGCCUGUACUUUUGAAGCUCUGCCUCGCUUUUGCUGGUCCACUGCGGCCCCUCAAUGGAACCGAAUGCACGGCCAAAGGCCCUGCUUCUUACAUUGUGGUGUUUACGGGGCACUGGAGCCCGCAGGCCUUCCCCAAGCAGUAUCCCCUCUUCCGGCCCCCUGCCCAGUGGUCCAAGCUCAUAGCGGUGAGCCAUAAUCGCCAUUUUCGGCUGUGGGAGGAGGAUUCUCCGGCCAGUGAAGGGGUGCAGAACUUUGCUGAACUCGGAGUUACGGUGGAGCUGAUGAAGGCGGCCAAGGAUGCUAGGAGGAGACGCUCAGUCGGCGCCAUGUACCGGACGGCCGGCAUCCCUAACGGAAUUGGGCACAGCUCCACGGAGCUGCUCAUGCAGCCCAGGAGCUCACUGCUGUCUGUGUUGGUGAAGAUGAUCCCCAGCCCAGAUUGGUUCGUCGGUGUAGACAGCCUCAACCUUUGCGAGGGUGAUCAGUGGAAACAGGACGUGACCAUCGACCUCCAACCUUUCGAUGCUGGGACGGACAGCGGCUUCACCUUCUCUUCCCCCAACUUCCCCACGAGCCCACAGGAAAAUAUUACAAAGAUCACCUCUCAAAUGCCAAACCACCCGGCCAACUCCUUCUACUAUCCUCGCUUAAAGGAACUUCCACCCAUUGCCAGCAUAAAGCUCACUCGGCAGAGCAGAUCCCUUCACCGCCAAGUCCUCAUGUCCAAUCACAUCCUUCCAAACUCCUUCAGUCCUCAGAGAUUCUCAGUGACACCCCUGGACUGUGAAGUGUCUCUCUGGUCAUCCUGGGGCUUGUGCCUGGGGCACUGCUCCAAGGGCGGGGUCCGCCAUCGCACACGCUACAUCCUCCUACCACCGGCCAACACCGGCGUCCCCUGUCCUGAGAUGGAGGAACAGGCUGAAUGCGUGCCACACAGCUGCAUGAAGCGCCAGUAACCCACAGAGCGUGGGUGCUGCCAGUAUUCGACACUGGGACUCAUGAUAUUACUGCUGGACUGAGAAACUCUACUGCGUUAUUUCUCUGUAUUGCAAUGGAUUUAAUUCCCUUGUCAAGACUGUAUUCACUGUUUAGUCUACUAGUUUUAUUGUCUCCUUCAGUAAGUGUAGCAGAGUCUUGGACCAAUGCAACAAACCUUUUUUGCAUGCCCGCAGUAGGACAAGCAUAUCAUACCAUCACACAACCCAAUCCAGACCUGGGAAAAUGAAGACUUUCAAUCCGGCCCUUAGGACAUUCCCAAAUAUUUUAUUUUUAGAUCUUUAAGAUGGAAAGUGUAGCUGCCGUUAUGAAGUGCAGUGAUGUUUUCAAAUUAACUAUACAAAGUAUUUCAAUGGUUGGAAUCUGCCCUUUUGCAUGAUAUACUAGUUACUAUGGUAAUCUAAUUAGUUACUAUGGUAAUCUAAGUCACAGCAGCUCAGACCAGGCACCAAGCGGUGUGGGUGGGGAGCGUUUCUACCAAGUGUUUCCGGGGCGGCCAGCCUGAAAUUUUAGAACAAAGUUCUAAAAUUUAGUGAUAUAUCAGCUAUGUCAGAUUGUAAGUGGUUUAUUUUUGUACCUUUCACGUUCAUAUUUCGCUGUGUUUGUUGCAUUUUAGUUGCGUUUCACUUGAUUGUACAAUAUGUCGAUCAAGAAGGAGAUGUGACGAUAUGUUGUCAAUAUUCAGUGUUUUAUCCUUCAUAGUUAAUAACUUUAUUUACAAGUACAUUCUGGGUGUUUAAUUCAGUUAAAAAAAAAAUGGAAAGUUCCAUUCUGUUUUUUAAGGCGGUCUGUCAUAAAGUUUUUAGCAUUCAAUCAGACAUUAUUGUGAGGUUUUGCAUCAGUGUUCCUAAAAAUAGACACAUUUUUUUCUCUAAAUUUGGCCCCCCGGAGUCAAAAUAAUUGCCCUGAUCCCUUCAUGUAUUUUUACAAGCAUUAGUGUACAUAAGCCAUGACGAAAAGGCUUGAAAUAUUUAGCCGAUUUAAAAAGAAUAUUUUAUUUUAUUACUAAGUUGCAGUUUUUUUGUUAGUUUUUUUACAGAAAUAAUGUUUGUUGCAUUUUUGUUGCGUUUCACUUGAUUGUACAAUAUGUCGAUCGAGAAGGGGAUGUGACGAUAUGUUGUCAAUAUUCAGUGUUUUAUCCUUCAUAGUUAAUAACUUUAUUUACAAGUACAUUCUGGGUGUUUAAUUCAGUUAAAAAAAAAAAGUGGAAAGUUCCAUUCGGUUUUUUAAGGCGGUCUGUCAUAACGUUUUUAGCAUUCAAUCAGACAUUUUUGUGAGGUUUUGCAUCAGUGUUCCUAAAAAUAGACACAUUUUUUUUCUCUAAAUUUGGCCCCCGGAGUCAAAAUAAUUGCCCUGAUCCCUUCAUGUAUUUUUACAGGCAUUAGUGUACAUAAGCCAUGACGAAAAGGUUUGAAAUAUUUAGCCGGUUUAAAAAGAAUACUUUAUUUUACUACUAAGUUGCAGUUUUUUGUUUGUUUUUUUACAGAAUUUUUUUUUUUUUUGUAUCUAUUUUGUUAUUUUAAUGUGGAUGUUUUUGUAUAUACUAUAUUGUAUUACUCAUGAAUAAAUGUGGAGUGUUUUUCAA